UCGCGUAGCCAGCAGCUAGAAAGCUUUCAGUUUUCCCCACCCUCUUUCUUUCUCCUUGUAAGUUGGUAAUAAGAUACACUCUUUUUUCCCCUAAGGUUCACAUUAGAGCACAGAAGAGAACUGUUUAACUUGGAAGAAUAAUAACACUAGGCUUUUUGGUUCUGCAAAGAGAUCCUCUCUUUGUCUCCUGCUUUAAAGUAUACAGACCCUAAAAUGACAGUCAUUUCUGCCAUUAGUGGGGCUCUCUUAAUUACCAUUCUCUAUGAAGCAAGUGCACUAGUUUUGCCCAAUUCCACUGACCUAUUCCUGUCAACUAAAAAUUACACUGAUGUUGAAGCAGCUUUGAAAACUCAUCUGGCUUCUGCAAGCCUCCCCAAAUUCAGGAAAAAGCGAUAUAUCUCACAGAAUGAUAUGAUUGCCAUUUUGGAUUUUCACAAUCAGGUCAGGGGCAGAGUAUUCCCACCUGCAUCCAACAUGGAAUACAUGACAUGGGAUACAGAGUUGGAAAGAUCUGCUCAGUCCUGGGCUGAGACAUGUCUCUGGGAACAUGGACCUGCAAGUCUUCUUCCAUCCAUUGGUCAGAAUUUGGGAGCACAUUGGGGAAGAUAUAGACCUCUAACAUUUCAUGUCCAAUCAUGGUAUGAUGAAGUGAGAGACUUUACAUAUCCAUAUCCUCAAGAAUGCAAUCCUUAUUGCCCCUAUAGAUGCUCUGGUCCUGUAUGCACUCAUUAUACUCAGGUGGUAUGGGCAACAAGUAACCGAGUAGGCUGUGCAGUCAACCUAUGUCAUAAUAUGAAUGUAUGGGGACAGAUAUGGCCAAAAGCAAUUUACUUAGUGUGCAAUUAUUCACCCAAGGGCAAUUGGUGGGGGCAUGCUCCAUACAAACAUGGUCGUCCGUGUUCUGAAUGUCCCCCAAGUUUUGGGGGAGGCUGCAGAGAAAAUCUUUGUUAUAAAGAAGGUUCAGAAAGGCAUUACUUUCCAGAGAUAGAAACCAAUGAAGUUGAACGACAUCAGUUACAUGUUCAGAAUACAUUAGAAAACCAAGUGCAACUACAAGCAUCUCCCCGUGAUGAUAGUGAAAGAAAUGAAGUCAUAAGCAAACAACAGAUGUCUCAAAUUGUUUCCUGUGAACUACGGUUAAGGGACCAGUGCAAAGGAACAACAUGUAAUAGGUAUGAAUGUCCUUCUGGAUGUUUGGACAGCAGCGCCAAAGUUGUGGGAAGUGUCUAUUAUGACAUGCAAUCAAGCAUCUGUAGAGCUGCAAUACAUUAUGGUAUCCUAGAUAAUGAUGGUGGAUGGGUUGAUGUUACUAGACUAGGAAGAAGAAAUUACUUUAUAAAGUCCCAAAGAAAUGGAGUCCAGUCAGUUGGGAAAUAUCAAUCGGCUAAUUCAUUCACUGUCUCUAAAGUAACAGUACAAGCUGUCACUUGUGAAACUACAGUAGAACAGUUAUGUCCAUUUUAUAGGCCAGCCACACAUUGCCCAAGGGUCCACUGUCCUCACAAUUGUAUGCAGGCAAAUCCACAUUAUGCCCGAGUGAUUGGAACUAUAAUUUAUUCUGAUAUGUCUAGUAUCUGCCGAACAGCAGUACAUGCUGGAGUAAUUCGCAAUGAAGGUGGCUUUGUUGAUGUCAUGCCAGUGGAUAAGAGAAGAAUGUACACUGCUUCAUUUCAAAAUGGCAUUUCUUCAGAAAGUUUACAGAAUCCUCCAGGAAGCAAAGCAUUCAGAGUAUUUGCAGUGGUUUGA